UACAGUGUCCACACGCCUUACAAAAACUUUAGAAGUGACAUGUGACUGUGCUUUACUAACUUUUUUUUUUCAAACUGUCGGAGCACGAGAAACAUUUUCAGCCAGAUGUGCAGAGUUUACACAUAGGCCUUGCUAUGACGAUGCUUGCGAUGGCGCGAGGGUCUGAAGAGAGGCGUGAAGAUGAAGUGGAGGCCGAGGCGGGGGCUGAAGUAGACGUAGUGGGCGUUGAGGAGGCUGCGCCCGUGGACCUGACGAGGCGGUUAGGCCUCACGAGACCGCCGGAGAGGCCGGCGAUAGCGUUUUCUGUGGAGAACAUUCUAGACCCUAAUAAGUUUACUGGAAGGUCGGAGGUGCCGUUGAGAUAUGAUGAGCAGUACUGGAGGCCGCAUUAUGAUAGAGAUGACAGUGAUUCGGUCAACCAGCAACACUCAGACCUUGAAACAGAUGAAGUGGAAACAGACGACCAGACCUCCAACAUGGAUGACGACCUCCUCACACAAUCCGACCUGGAUGAAAACGGGGACCCCAAGAGCCCUAGCUCUAAGAAGGGAAAGUCCGGAUCUUCUAGUAGGGACAGCAAAGGCGGCACGAAGCCGCGGCGCGCGCGCACCGCCUUCACGUAUGAGCAGCUGGUGUCUUUGGAGAACAAGUUCAAGACCACGCGAUAUCUGUCCGUGUGCGAGAGGCUUAAUCUGGCGCUGAGUCUGAGCCUGACUGAAACUCAGGUUAAAAUCUGGUUCCAAAAUCGUCGCACGAAAUGGAAAAAGCAGAAUCCAGGCAUGGACGUCAACAGCCCAACCGUCCCCCCUCCCCCAGGGGGGGCCUUCCCCUCCGGGGCCUACCCUGGUGGCCUCCUCUACUCUCACGGGGUCCCGUACCCCUUCACAGGGCCUGGACCCUACGCGCCAUACUUCCAUCAUCUAGCGGCGAAUCAUCACCAUACCCACGGGUCCUUAGGGCACUCCCACACGUGAUUGUGGCCGCGCCCAGGGUCCCAGGACCUUCGGGAGAAGGACGAACAGUAGUGGAAAUAGUGCAAUUGUGUUUAAGUGAGUGACUCGAUUGUGAUACGUAUUUUUUAAGGUAGGUUUAAUUUUCUGUGUUCAGGAGAUAGGUGAUAUUGUAACUCUGGGAUCUUAGGUACUUUGAUUAAUUUCGAUUAUAGUUAGGUAGGUGGGGUAAGGUAAGAAGAGCAUAUUUUUUUUUCUAUUGUUUAUCUUACCCUGGUGUUUCUCUUACCCCAUCUUACCUUAUUUGGAAACAUUUAAAGUCGUAUUUUGCCAUUUUGAUCAAAUGCAGGAGUAAAUCUUAACAUUUAAAAUACAAAAUAGACAUUUAAUUUUUAUCACAGCAUUUUAUUAAAGAUAAAAGUUUAAAAAAAUUGCAAUUAUGUCUUAGGUACUGAUUUAAAAACAUACACAAGACAUCGAUUUAAAUGUAAUAAUAUUGUCUCGUAUUUGCCUUGUAAAUAUUGUAAAAUAUGUAAAUAAUCUUUACAAUUCUUAUAAUUAGGGUAAGUUUAUUUUUAUUUAUAAUUGCUAUGUGCCAAAAUAUUACGAUAAGUAUAGCGUAAAAAAUCUUAACCACAUAUCUUAAGUUGCAACAGU